UAAAGUUGUGGAGUGUGACUGUUGAAACUUUCUAGUAGGAAGUGUAUGGUAAAGUUGUGGUGUGUGACUGUUGAAACUUUCUUGUAGGAAGUGUAUGAUAAAGUUGUGGAGUGUGACUGUUGAAACUUUCUAGUAGGAAGUGUAUGAUAAAGUUGUGGAGUGUGACUGUUGAAACUUUCUAGUAGGAAGUGUAUGAUAAAGUUGUGGUGUGUGACUGUUGAAACUUUCUAGUAGGAAGUGUAUGGUAAAGUUGUGGUGUGUGACUGUUGAAACUGUUGGGUAGGGAGUGUAUGGUAAAGUUGUGGAGUGUGACUGUCAAAACUGUUGGGUAGGGAGUGUAUGGUAAAGUUGUGGAGUGUGACUGUUGAAACUGCCUAGUAAGAAGUAUAUGAUAAAAUGUUUACCUUGCAGAUGGCAGUGGGAAGGUUUGCACCCCAGUUCUCAGGCACCCAACAGCAAGACUGCCAAGAGCUCAUGGCUUUUCUUUUAGAUGGUCUUCAUGAAGACUUAAACAGAGUGAAAAACAAGCCUUAUAUUGAAUUAAAAGAUGCUAAUGGAAGACCCGAUGAGGUGGUGGCCAAAGAAGCUUGGGAAAAUUACCAGAAAAGGAAUAAUUCAAUUAUAGUUGAUACUUUCCAUGGUUUGCUGAAAUCAACACUUGUGUGUCCAGAGUGUUCAAAAAUAUCUGUGACCUUCGAUCCAUUUUGCUACUUGUCUCUGCCUCUUCCAGUCAAUAAAGAGCGACAGAUAGAGGUUUUCUUGGUUACACUAGAUAGCACCAAGAGGCCAUCACAGAUGAAAGUAACAGUGCCUAAAGAAGGAUGCAUAAAAGACCUAUGCAACGUAUUAGAAAAACUGACAGGAAUUUCAGCAGACAAUCUUGUGGUGACAGAUGUGUAUAAUCAUCGAUUCUAUAAAGUGUAUCAAGGAGAUGAUGGACUAAAUAGCAUAAUGGAGAAGGACGAAACCUUUGUAUACGAACUUGCUUCAGCUCAGAACAGAGACUCUGACCAUAUUAUACUACCUAUUUACAUGAGAGAGAAAAA